UUGACGUAAUUUUGAUAUAUUUAGCUGUCAAAAAUGGUAAUGGCAGCUGCUAUGAUGAAUACUGUUUUGAAAAAAUCUAUAGAGUUAUUGCCAACAAAAUUAUUGUUAAAAAAUGGAGGGGCCUUAAUACACACAGGCCAAUUUCUAAACGCUGGUAAAUGGUAUCCAGAUGCGGAAUGGUUAAAACAGUUUUCCGGUCCUGUUAUGUACCCGGAUGAAAUUACAAAGAACUGGGCGAUGCAGCCCUGGAAUGCCUCUAAAGCUCCCGUUGAAAAAGGAGUUAAGAAUAUUACUUUGAAUUUCGGACCGCAACAUCCUGCCGCUCACGGUGUAUUACGACUAGUACUAGAAUUAGAUGGAGAGGUUGUCAAAAGAUCCGAUCCACAUAUUGGUCUUCUGCAUAGAGGUACUGAGAAACUUAUAGAAUAUAAAACGUACACUCAAGCUUUACCAUAUUUUGAUAGAUUAGAUUAUGUGUCUAUGAUGUGUAACGAACAAUGUUAUAGUCUUGCAAUCGAGAAAUUACUCAACAUUGACGUACCAUUAAGAGCGAAAUAUAUUAGAGUUCUUUUUGCCGAAAUUACUAGAAUUUUGAAUCAUAUUAUGGGUAUUGGUACACAUGCUCUUGACGUUGGGGCUUUAACUCCUUUCUUCUGGUUGUUUGAAGAACGUGAAAAGCUCAUGGAGUUCUAUGAGAGGGUUUCUGGGGCUCGUAUGCAUGCUGCUUAUGUUCGACCUGGAGGUGUUUCACUGGAUCUUCCUCUGGGUUUAAUGGACGACAUAUAUGAGUUUGCUUCCAAAUUCAAUGAAAGAUUAGAUGAGGUAGAAGAUGUGUUGACUACAAAUAGAAUUUGGGUGCAGAGGACUAAGGAUAUUGGCGUUAUUUCAGCCGAGGAUGCAUUGAAUUAUGGAUUCAGUGGUGUUAUGUUAAGAGGAUCAGGUAUCAAAUGGGAUCUACGCAAAACUCAGCCAUAUGACGCUUACGAUUUAGUAGAUUUCGACGUACCAAUCGGUACGCAUGGGGACUGUUAUGAUCGUUAUCUUUGUCGUUUGGAAGAAAUGAGACAAUCUUUAUCAAUUAUCGAUCAAUGUCUUAAUAAAAUGCCGGCCGGUGAAAUAAAAACUGAUGAUGCUAAAUUAACGCCACCUAGUAGAGCGGAGAUGAAGAAUUCCAUGGAGGCGUUAAUUCAUCAUUUCAAACUGUUCACUCAGGGUUACCAAGUACCUCCCGGUGAAACUUACACUGCCAUCGAAGCACCCAAGGGGGAAUUCGGUGUCUACUUAGUUUCAGACGGAAGCUCUAAGCCUUACAGGUGUAAAAUUAAAGCACCGGGUUUCGCUCAUUUAGCCGCUUUAGAUAAAUUGGGUAAGAAUCACAUGUUGGCCGAUAUUGUUGCUAUUAUCGGUACAUUAGACGUUGUAUUUGGAGAAAUUGAUCGUUAGAUCGAAAUAUAUUGUUUAUUUAAAUUAAAAUAAGAUAAUUGUAAAUAAAUUUAAGGUUUAAAAA